AUGAAGGCAUUCACAUAUGCAAACAAGGCUGGGGAGAUGGUCUGGCAUGAUGGGGACUUGAAGAUUCCCAAACCAGGGCGUUCACAAGUUCAAGUGAAAGUGUUGGCAGUUGGCAUAAACCCUCUGGACUACAAGUUGCCUAUGAUGGUCCCCUUCAGCUCAUAUCUCCUCAGGGGCCGUCCGGCUGGCUUUGACUUUGCGGGGAAAGUGACAGUUCCAAACGGUGACUUCAACGAGGGGGAUGUGGUCUAUGGUGUGACGAUGAAGGGGGCGUUGGCUGAGUACACAACUGCUGAUACGAGUCGUAUUGCUAGAGUGCCUGAUGGGAUGGACCACACUACGGCUGCUGGGCUUGCCACUGCGGGUGAUACCGCACUUCUGGCUCUUCGUAAGGCUGGUAUAAGUGAAUCUACUAGGAAUGUAUUGAUCAUUGGCGCUAGUGGUGGCGUUGGGUGUAUGGGUGUACAGAUUGCCAAGAGUCUUGGUGCAAAGGUCUGGGGUGUUUGCAGCGGUAAAAACGAGGAGUUCGUGAAGUCUCUAGGAGCAGAUGAGGUUGUGGAUUACACUAAGAGUGGAUUCGCUUUCCCGAAUAAACAAUGUCCAACUGGCAGUGUUGAUGUUGUUUUUGAUACGGUGUCUAGCCCUGAAGAUAUGAACUAUGAGCCUCUCGCGAGAAAGUCUAUGAAGGCGGGUGAUGGAAAAUAUAUCUCAACUAACUCUCCGAGCCGUAUAGAUCUUGCCCGAGCAAUUCUGUCGAGCUUCUCCCCUUUCAAUUUGCAAAGGUCGGGGUAUUACAUGGUAACAGCCGAUGCGCGUACUGAGGAUUUGGCCACGCUUGCUGAUAUGGUCGUGAAGGGUGCCCUCAAGGUCCCUAUACAGGAGAUAUUGCCCUUCAAUGAGGAGGGCUGUAGGAAGGCCUUUGAUCUGCAGAAGAGUCGUCGUGUUCGAGGAAAAGUUGUCAUUGAUAUGAACAAGUCGUAA